AUGCACUCCUCAUGUCGCCCUUCCGCCAUGCUGAAGGUGGUGUGUGUUCGGAUGUGUGUGUUCUACUUCACCAUGUGUCUGGCCGGCUGGCCGCUGUCCUCGGAGGCAGCCAGACUCCGCUGUGGCAGGGACCUCCUCAGCGACCUCAUAUUCGUGUGCGGGGACCGUGGAAUCUAUAUAGGUAGAGGUACAUGGUCUGGUUACGGGGCUCGGCCCAGGGGGAAGGGGAUAGUGGACCAGUGCUGUCGGGGGGCUGGCUGUGAACUUCAGCUUCUGGAGAUGUACUGUGCCAAACCAAAGAGCCAGCAGCAGUCGACCGCCUCCCCAACCACAACCACGGCACCUCAUACCACGACACAGCUGGACACGACUCAGCAGUUCCAAGCCGUGUUUCAGAAGAGACUCUCUGAGCACCUGGGAGCUCCCAACAGUCCAAAGAGGGAAGCUUACAGAAAGAAAACACAGCCUUCCCCUCGACGGAAAAGCAAAGUUCCAUCAUCUCGCAGGAGGAUUAAAACAAAGACCACAACCGGUAGGCCUCCUUCGACCUCUGGGCGUCCUCUUCAAAGAAUGAUGACCGUUGAAUCGUGA